AUAAUCGUAUAAACAUUAAACAAUAUACUCCUCCCCUCAAUAGGGGUAAAAUAAAAGAAAUUACUCAAUGCUUACAAUACUAUCUUAAUCUUGGUCAGUUUAUAGUUGUAUGUGUAAGUGUGGAUACGUGUGUGAGAACCAAACGGGUUAAGGUAUUUCACAAUUACAUCUUUUAAAAUCUGAAAAAUAUUUACUAACCUUCAGUAGAAAGAAAAAUGUCUAAUAUGAAAAAGAACAAGCCUCCAACUUUAAGACCGGAUGAAGAGGAAGAGCUCCUCAAAGAAGUUUUAUCCAGAGCUAAACAGGGGUUACCUGUCCGACGUCAAGAUGUUAUUGACAAAGUUGUUAAAUUUAUUCAGUCGGAUAAAAGGAAAAAUCCUUUUAGAAAUGGAACACCAGGAGAUAAAUGGUUUUCCCUCUUCAGGAGACGACACAAUAGCCAUUUCAUGGAGUUGGAUCCAUCACAGUUGGAAAAUGUGGAAAAAGUUGGAUUCACCGAGAAGGUGAUGGCCACUGUCCAGUAUAUAAAGGGUCCCGGGGGUGUCUUGCGACGGAACGAUGGCCCAAUGGUGAAAAGGAACCCUGCCGGUCGACCCAGGUUGGUCCCAACUCCUGUACAUGAGUCGCCUCCCCACCAAUCUUCAUCAUCCCCUCUGAGCGACGACAGUCCCCAUGAUUCAACGAUGGAGACUGAUGAUGGUGAUGGCAAAAGCCAGGACAGUCAAUCUGAACCUCCCGACUUCCAGCCAGGUAGCAGACUUGAGGUCAUGGACUUCAAUGAGAAAUGGUAUCCAGUUAAGGUGGUGGAAGUGGAUUACGAUGAGGGGGAGGUGCUGGUGCACUUUGAGAAGUGGUCGGACCGAUACGACGAGUGGGUCCGUAUGGACAGCAAUCGCAUCCGACGACCAACCCUGCCGCAGAUUUCCGCCACCAAGAAGGUGUUUGAGAAGAACGAGAGGGUUAUAGCGGUGUGGGCGUACAAUCACAAGUAUCCAGCUACCGUCAGAGAUGUUCUACCUAACGACAAGUAUGAGGUCCUGUUCUGCGAUGGCUAUGCAAAAAUACUGAGAGGCUGCAAACUGUUUAAGGCCACUGAAGAAGAUCUUAAAAACUGUCAGUUACCACCUCCGAAGAAACCAGCUCCGCCCAUGGGAGCCGAUCCAAUCGACCCUGAUCUGGGUCCGAAGGAGGAGAGAAGACUGAAAAAGCGCAGAAUGGAUGUGUUGGAGGCAUUUCGUCCUCAUAAAAGACAAAAGUCCGAUGGAAACCAGUUAACGCCAGAGUCUUCCCCACAACCCUCUACCUCCACCUUCACGCCCUCUUUGUCACUCAAGUCCAAGGAGACCCCGAAGAUUGUGUUGAAGGGGAGAGGUCGGCCUCCAAACAAGCCAAGAGAGCGUGAGGAAGAGAGGCAAGAUGAAGAUUAUGACGAAGACAGUGGCGGGGAAGGCCCAGCGACUUUGGACACUCCUCGACCAGAAUCUGAAGCCAAGCUGAGGAAGCCGAGAAGGAAAAAAAGACUGUUUGACGAGUCUACCUACAUCUAUCGAGGGCCCAAGCAGCGGCCGGGGAUGGAGGAGGAUCAUGAGCGAUGGAACGUCGAGAUACCGGAAGGAGCUUCCCCCGUUCAGAUAAAGGAUCAGGAAGGAUACUACAGAGAGUCAGUGAUAAUCCCAGACAAAAAGAUGCUCCCCGGCUGGACUAAACACACAAUGCGGCGGAAGAGCGGAGCCAAAUGGGAUGUCUUUCUUGUCAAUCCAAAAGGUCGGAAAUUCCGAUCACGUAAUGAGCUACGCAACUAUUUCGCAGUAGAGCUCAAGCAGCCAUUUCCAGAGGACUCGUUUGACUUCAUGGUCGGACGGAAGCUGGAGAUGAUCCGGACACAAGGAGAUGGGAAGCGGAAACUUGACUCUUCUGGAGUAGACGGGGAGGGUCAAACUCAGGGAGAGAAGAAGUCCGGAGAUUCCACCCCAGAUUAUAGGAGGAUCAGGACUCUACUACCCAAGGGUCGGCUGUUGGAGGGGGAGGAGGGCAAGUCGGAUCAGUCUCCUGGUUCUCCUGCUACUCCCACCCUCACUUCCCCUCCAUUCCCCCUCACAGAAUUGAGGACUCCAGAUGGUGGAUUUACAUGCUGUGGCAAAAAUUUCCGUAAAGAAAACCUCUUUCAGAUGCACAUGAAGCAUUAUCAUCCUGAGUAUAGCACAUUGUUUGGCUCCACACCGAAUGUGGCAGAUCUCGCUUACGCACGCACUGUGGGUGAGCCACUGGAGGACUCCCGUGCAGAGGCCAUGGCACCACGCAACACAUUGCUGGAGCGUGUUACGCGGUACGAGGCCGAACGGAAAGCCUCAGAGACUGCGACAGCGUCAGCGUCUUCUGGGGGGAAGAUAUUGCCAAGUAAGGAGCCUGCUCCAGUCGCACCUCCAGUGACAGAAGAACCUGUGACAACACCUCUCUUGGAGAAAACUGAAGACACACCUGCAGCACCCUCUGUUGUGGAGGAGGCUGUUGUGGACAACCCAAUUGCUGCAGAAGAAAAGGAAAGCAGUGGAAACGAAAUUGUGGAAGAAGUUGCUGCAUCUGCUGAAAUUUUGGCACCACAGCCCCCACCAGUGGAAGAGCAAGUGAAACCCACAGUAGAGGUGAAGGAAGACUCAGAAAUCCCUGCCCCUGAGGAAGCCUCCCCAGCUCCCCCUUCCACCGCACCCUCUCCAGUCACCACGACACACUCUGUCCCCGUUAUAAGACCUGUUUCCAAGCAGACAGCACUGGUCCCAAAGACAACCGCUUCAACUGAGCCUGCAUCCCAAGUACCUCCCACUUCCACACAAAAGAGUCAUCCAACCCCCACAGUCAGGACCCCAAUUACCAUCACCAAAUACGUGCCCCCUGGACAGAAACCUGCUGUGUCAUCACUGACCAAGCUGACAAUAUCCAUGACAGCCCAAACCUCUGACAAGGAGGUUAAACCGACCAUCAAGACUCUGUUGCCGAUGCGACCACCUCCACAGGAAGCUAAGGAGGCACAAGAAGCUCCAAAGCUCAAAGAAGUCACAGUCAAAGAAGAAUCAGAGGAAGAAGCACCAGUUAGGAUAAAACCGCGGAAACGCACAGUCUCGGAACCUUUCCCCAAGAAACCCAAACUUGUCAAACAUCCCACAGGUUCAUUAGAGGAGGAGCCAGCACUAGAUGAGGAGGUGCAACCCUCCCACACAGUUGUUAACCCAAGCUACAGGUUUUCCCGCAACCGCUCCCAGGUGCCGCGGGUCUCACUCGAGAAACUAGUCAUCACUCCUGAUAGCAACGGCCGGGUUGUCUUAGGAAAUGGUCACUCAGAGGAUAAAAUCACUAAUACUGCAGGUAGACGACAGUUUAAGAAUUUUAAGGCUGCCAAUAAAAUUAGUAAGAGGCCUAAAGGAGAGAGCACAGUGAGCAGUGAGCCUUUGCCAGACAAUGAGGCACAGGAUGCGGUGUACGAGAACCUGCGCAAGGAGGAGAUAAUCAACUGCACUUGUGGCUACAUGGAAGAAGAUGGUCUAAUGAUUCAGUGUGAUCUUUGCCUCUGCUGGCAACACGGCCUGUGCAACGACAUCGACAAGGAGUCGGACGUGCCAGAGAAGUAUGUCUGUCACAUCUGUCUGAACCCGGCCAGAGAACGUCCAUCUACGAGGUUCCUGCACAACCAGGACUGGCUCAAGGAGGGGAAACUGCCCAGUCUAUCCAUCUGUCAGAAGAACAAAGAUGGAGAGGUUCAACGCGAGACGAUGCUGAAGAAAUCACAUGACCUGGUCGCCUCUUUGUUGGAGCUACAGACCGUCAUACGAAGCCUUAGAGUCAAGACGCAUAUUGCUACAAAACCUGACCAUCCAAAACUGUACCUGUGGGCUAAUAGUUGGAAAAAUGAAAACGCAGAAGUUAGAACUGGAAACGAAGAGGAUAAUUGCAAACAAGAGGUAAGCGGACCACAGCCUGAAGCAGCCAUAGAUGAGACGGAAUGUCGUCUGAGGCUCCUAGAACACGUAGAGGACUACCAACACCAGGUAGAUGACAGGCUCACAUCCAUCCAGGCGCAAAUAGCAGCGCUGGAGUCAGAAGAUCCUGACCUGGCAAGUGACGAGGCAUCGGACCACUGCCCCGCCACCAAGCAGACGGUACAGAUGAUCCUGCAUGAUCUUUGUACUGUACGGCGGGUAGCGACACUCAACUGACACUGGCCUCAAAUUAGAUCAACUCUAGUGUCAUUAUUUAGACUGUGAACACAUAAUAUAUAGAGAUUUUCAUAAAGACCAACAAACCAGUGGGUAAUUUUUACCAAAUUCAGUAUCUUUUUUAUCCUCUGAAGUUUAGAAAAGUUCUUUUUAAAGAUACCAUUUAGAGUUAAUGAGAAUAACACAUGUUUAUGUAAAUACACACACUUUAAGAAGCACAAGAUGCAAGCAAAAAGGUGUAUUUGAAAAUUGUCAAACACAUUUUUGAAGUAUUGGUCAAUAAACCGGUUGCUGAAUAAAGAAGGGUAAAAAUUAAGAGGAAAUGGGUACCAGUGUUGUCACCUUUAGGGAAUGUUUAAAAUAAUUCGUAUAGGGUGUUUUAGAAACUCUGUUAUCUACUUUCCACUUACUUCUUUCUCAACCUGAUACGAGGCAGUGGCCAUAAAAUGUUUGAGAGCUAUUAUCAUGUGUAUAUCAGAAAUAAUGUUUUUCUAUAAAAUGAUUUUUUUACAUCAAUAGUUAAGCUUCCCAUUCACAUUGUUUUUAUGUAGUUAAAUAUGUAAAUAAUUGCAUCCAAAUUGUUUUUCUAAAAUUUAGUUCAGAUAUGUGAAACUAAAAUUGUGUCAAUGAGUAAAACUUUGAUUUGUAUUAUAAAUACAAUGCCUUAUUUGUGUGUUUUAAAAGUGAUUGUACUGUGAUUCUUGACAUUUGCAUUGAACUUAUAAAUGUAGAAUGCCGAAGCUUCUUGUCAUAUUACUGUAACUAUUUACAGAAUUGUGAUUAAAUUUUAAUGAACUAAG